AUGUAUUGGAAUUUCAUGAACCCUGGGUUGGAAAAUAAAGGUCGAACGGUCGAAACUCUCGCAGCAGAGCUUUUUCAGCAAGAUGAAUGGGAGAUCUACGACGGGGCAGCUAACAGCGCUAAGUACAAGAAAUUUGCAAGAAAAAACGAGACCAACUGGACCAUCUCUGCUGCGGGACUUAUGCAGCGCAUCUUUAUCGAAUGCUCGCGGCAUGGAGUCAACGGCCACCUUGAUAUUCUCCAAUCAACCUACAAAGACAUCCUAGUCCAAUACAACGGCAAAAUCGAUGAUCGAUCUACUGUGCACCAGCUCCAGCCUCCCGAAGGCAAGGCGGCGCGAGAAUUCAUCGAGCCCAUCUUCGACCGACGAGUCUGGGGCGUGAAUCUUGUAGAAGGAUCUUCCAAAGCCAUGGAUACUUGGGAGAAAAUGCGCGUCGUAGAUGGCGCUGAGAAUUUGGCGCGGAAUUGCCCGUACCUCUUUCGCCACCCGUGGCCCCUCGCCUUUAUCUCGCUAUGUUGCAGGCAUUACACGAUGAAAAACGUCCUCGGGAACCCAGGUGAUUGUUUCAAUCUUACUGAUAGCCAGGAGGGUCAGAAAGCAUUGGCGGACUGGAAGGACCGGGCGCGCAAACAGAUCAUGAACACGUACCUCGACGAGUGCGAGUGGGACCGCCGGUCCGUCAAUGAGGUGUGGAGGACGUUUCUGGAGGCGCAGAUAAUUCUUUCUCGGAGGAUGUUCGUCUGCGGAUAAUGCCAUCUAGCAGCGGCAAGGCAUCGAGCAUAACCAAAAAAAAAGGGGGGGCGGAAGAAGGCGUCAAGGUAGUUUAUGUGCGUUUAGAAGACUGAGAGCCACUGCCUCAAAGGCCGAGUCGUCUGUGACAAGACGGAAAGUAGUCUCAGUGAGACGGAUGAGAUUGGUACGACGGAGAGCGAUUAGAGUCCCGAAGCGCAAUUUGGUUAUUGUCAUCAGUAACGGCGAAAAAGAUGAAGGUAAUGAGGCUGAUGAGUGAUAAAAAGCAAAGUGAGUGUGAGCAUUGAGUAGGUU